UUGUCUUUUAUGUUCAAUUCUCUCCUUCUCGGAAAACCCCAGCAAUCUUCUUCAUUUUCUUCCCCUUUUUCUCUAUAUAUCCCUUCCCAUUCUUUUUCAUUCACAAUCCAAAUCCAAAUUUACUUCUCAAUUUCUGUACUCUUCCAUGGCCUCCAAGAACCAAAUCCCCCAAUCGGAAUCUCGAUUCGAAGAUUGGCUGCCGGCGAUGGCCUACAACCUCGGCGGCGAGGGGCUGAUCGGAGAGCUCUGUAAUGGCUUCAAUCUGCUGAUGGAUAGAGAGAAGGGAGUGAUAAAUUUCGAGAGCUUGAAGAGGAAUGCGGCCGUGCUAGGGCUUGGGGAUCUGACGGAUGAGGAGCUUAGAGGAAUGUUGAGAGAAGGGGAUUUCGAUGGCGAUGGCGCUCUUAAUAAGAUGGAAUUUUGUGUUCUUAUGUUUAGAUUAAGUCCUCAGUUGAUGGAAGCUUCCCGCUAUUGCUUCCAUGAAUGUCUCCGUCGAGAAUUUAGGGAUUUUUCUUGAUUUUUUUUUCUUCAAUGAAUUGGAUUACUGAUUUGCUUGUGUGUAUUGUUCUAAAUUUUUUGAGAUGAAAUUAGUGAAAUAUACUGGAAAAAAUCACAAACAAUUUUGA